UAUCUAAACAUUGAAAGCAAUACGGCAAAGGUGAUUUAACAAUUUUUUGGGAAAUAUAACUAAACUAUUGUUAUUAAGAUCUUAUUGUAAUCAUCAGUUUGUACCCAAUUAGAAACAAAAUUGUAACAUUUCUCUAGUGAAAUUAUAGUUUUAAACGGGAUUGCUACCAGGUAACUUAUUAUAAUCAUUCUAAUAUAAAUUAACAUGAAUCUUUAAAACAACAUAUUUUUCUAUUGUUGCAGUAACAAAACAUGAUCGACCCGAGCUCAUCUGAAGACGACAGUGAAGAUGAACAUAAGAAACAACCCACGAAAUUGCCCGUCGUACCUCCUGGAACCUUAGCUGGUGGUAGACCAUCAGUGCGAGGGAAACCUGAGCUUCCACGAGGGUCCACAGCCGGCCUACCAGGCAAGUACCUGCUAGUAUACUUACGAUGGUAUUUGGAAAGCUUGGUUAAUAAAUGUAUUUUGUCCGAACAAUGAAACAUGCAGUCCCGGGUCCAAUUCCCUAGUGCUUUUUUUAUUAUAAUCUAAUAGUUUCAGAGUACAUCAGAUGUCACGAGUUUUGAAGAAUGCGGAGCCUUAAACAGUAAUAUAUUUAAAUAAUCUGCCGUAUUUUCUAAAUUUUAAGGAACUACUAACUAUGUAUGUACGUCGUCUUUACCCGUUGCGCACAUUUUACCUACAUGACUCAACGCCAUAACAGUAAAACUGAGUCAUAGCCCUAAACUGACCAAACAAACGAAUUUAUUUCGGAAUUAUUCUUUUAUACCAGUUAUUAUUUUUUAUGUUAUGGCAGAUUUAUGUUCAGUGACAUUCAUUAGGACUUAUCAAAUUAAGCAAAUCUGAAUGGCUUUUGUUUUGCUAGUUAAAUAUAAUAUUUUAGGUUUUUAUAAU